CCUGAAAUUUGUGAGGGUCUUGCUUGUGCAUCUGCCCCUGGGUUGAUGUUCUUGACUUCCCUAAAGGGAGCAGAUGUUUUGUGCUCUAAAGGUUCUCCUGGAUGGUUUUACAGCCUCACCAGAGCUGUUUGGAGUCAUUUCAUCCUCACUAAUCCCAUCUGCAGGGAUGGCACAGGGGGAUAGCCCAAAUUUUCCCGAUUUUGUGCAAAAUGGGUGAGCUCUGAGAGCUUCCUGAUCCCACAGAAGCCUCUCCCUGUCUCCUGCCGUGUUUGUUGUGCUUUGGGGGCCCCCCCGUGCUCUGGGGGUGCUGCAGUGGCUCCCUGCAGCACAGCCACAGACGCAGGAGGUGGGCUGGAGUUGCCUCGGUAACGUUGGUGCUGCUGCAGGAAUGUUUUUGGUCCCUAAACCAGGAAAACCAGCCCUGGAUUUGCAGGAGGAUGAGGGCUAUUCGGAGUCGCCAGACCUGGAGUUUGAAUAUGCAGACACAGAUAAAUGGACAGCAGAGCUGUCAGAGCUGUACAGCUACACAGAGGGACCAGAGUUCCUGCUCAACCGAAAAUGCUUUGAGGAGGACUUCAGGAUCCACAUGCGGGACAGGACGUGGCCGCAGCUGGAGCGCACGCAGCACCGCACACACGCCAUGCGCCUGCUGGACGGGCUGGAGGUGACGGCGCGCGAGAAGCGGCUGCGCGUGGCCCGCGCCAUCCUCUACGUGGCACAAGGCACCUUCGGGGAGUGCAGCUCUGAGGCCGAGGUGCAGGCCUGGAUGAGGUACAACAUCUUCCUCCUGCUGGAAGUGGGAACCUUCAACGCCUUGGUGGAGCUGCUCAACAUGGAGAUUGACAACAGUGCAGCCUGUUCCAGUGCCGUGAGGAAACCAGCCAUCUCCCUGGCUGACAGCACUGACCUCAGGGUGCUGCUGAACAUCAUGUACCUGAUUGUGGAGACUGUGCGCCAGGAGGCCGAGGGGGACAAGCCUGAGUGGAAGAGCAUGAGGCAAACCUUCAGAGCAGAGCUGGGAGCCCCCCUGUACAACAAUGAACCCUUCUCUGUCAUGCUCUUUGGGAUGGUGACCAAAUUCUGCAGUGGCCAUGCUCCACACUUCCCUAUGAAGAAGGUGCUGCUUCUGCUCUGGAAGACUGUGCUGUGCACCCUGGGAGGCUUUGAGGAGCUGCAGAGCAUGAAGGCAGAGAAGAGGGAGGUGCUGGGGCUGCCCCCCCUGCCCGAGGACAGCAUCCAGGUGAUCCGCAGCAUGCGCGCGGCCUCCCCGCCCGCCUCCGCCUCCGACCUCAUCGAGCAGCAGCAGAAACGCGGCCGCAGGGAGCACAAGGCCCUCAUUAAGCAGGAUAACCUCGAUGCCUUCAAUGAGCGGGAUCCGUACAAAGCCGAUGACUCCCGCGAGGAAGAGGAGGAGAAUGACGAUGACAACAGCCUGGAGGGAGAGACCUUCCCCCUGGAACGGGAUGAAGUGAUGCCCCCCCCCACCCAGCACCCCCCCAGCGACCGCAUCACCUGCCCCAAGGGGCUGCCCUGGGCCCCCAAGGUCCGGGAGAAGGACAUUGAGAUGUUCCUGGAAUCCAGCCGCAGCAAAUUCAUCGGCUACACGCUGGGCAGUGACACCAACACUGUGGUGGGCUUGCCCAGGCCCAUCCAUGAGAGCAUCCGCACCCUGAAGCAGCACAAGUACACAUCCAUUGCUGAGGUGCAGGUGCACAUGGAGGAGGAGUACCUGCGCUCCCCGCUCUCCGGGGGGGAAGAGGAGGUGGAGCAAGUGCCUGCAGAGAUCCUGUACCAGGGCCUGCUGCCCAGCCUGCCCCAGUACAUGAUUGCUCUGCUGAAGAUCCUGCUGGCUGCAGCCCCCACCUCCAAAGCCAAGACAGACUCCAUCAACAUCCUGGCAGAUGUCCUGCCAGAGGAGAUGCCGACCACGGUGCUGCAGAGCAUGAAGCUGGGCGUGGAUGUCAAUCGGCACAAGGAGAUCAUUGUCAAGGCCAUCUCUGCCGUGCUGCUGCUCCUGCUCAAGCACUUCAAGCUCAACCACAUCUACCAGUUUGAGUACAUGGCCCAGCACCUGGUCUUUGCCAACUGCAUCCCGCUCAUCCUCAAGUUCUUCAACCAGAACAUCAUGUCCUACAUCACUGCCAAGAACAGCAUCUCCGUGCUGGACUAUCCCUACUGUGUUGUGCACGAGCUGCCAGAGCUGACAGCAGAGAGCCUGAUCACCACAGCCUCUCCCCAUCCCCACUCCAAUCCCUUGCCUGACCCACAGGAAGCUGGAGACAACAACCAGUUCUGCUGGCGGAACCUCUUCUCCUGCAUCAACCUGCUGCGCAUCCUCAACAAGCUGACCAAGUGGAAGCAUUCCCGCACCAUGAUGCUGGUGGUGUUCAAGUCGGCGCCCAUCCUGAAGAGGGCUCUGAAGGUGAAGCAGGCCAUGAUGCAGCUCUACGUGCUGAAGCUGCUCAAGGUGCAGACCAAGUACCUGGGCAGGCAGUGGAGGAAGAGCAACAUGAAAACCAUGUCAGCCAUUUACCAGAAAGUGCGGCACCGCCUCAACGACGACUGGGCCUACGGCAACGACCUGGAUGCCCGUCCCUGGGAUUUCCAGGCAGAGGAAUGUGCCCUGCGGGCCAGCAUCGAGCGCUUCAACGCGCGGCGCUACGACCGCGCCCACGGCAACCCCGACUUCGUGCCGGUGGAUAACUGCCUGCAGAGCGUGCUGGGCCAGAGGGUGGAGCUGCCCGAGGAGUUCCAGGUCAACUACGACCUCUGGCUGGAGAGGGAGGUCUUCUCCCGGCCCAUCUCCUGGGAGGAGCUGCUGCAGUGAUGGACUGGGCACGGAGGCGGGAGGGGAGGCUUGGAGAGCUCGGGGCUGUCGCAGGGCAGCGAGUUUGGGGGGUCUGGGUGCCUGUGCUGCUCUGGUGGGCUUGGGAAGAGCGUGGAGUCCUCACUGUGACCACAUCCUGCCCCUCUGCCUCCUCCCAGGCUCAUCCCAAAGCUGGGGGUGCCCUGGGGGUUUGCUGUGGGGUGGAGGAUCUCUGCCCACCCCAUGUGAUGAUUUCAGAGGCACCGCCCUUGUUGUGCCCCCCCAGCCAAGAAGGGGAGGGGGUGGCAGUGGGGAGCAGGGUGGGACAACAGGCUGGCCCUGCCCAGCCCCUCUGGGGGGUUGGGGAGGCUGGGGGGGCCUGAGGGGCUGGGGACCUCCCCUCAGCCCAGGAGGGGUGCAGGAGCUGUACAUAUAUUAUAUAUAUUUGGUGAUACC